AAAGAAAAAAAUGUUUCUUUUUCUUCUUCAUCAUGUUUACUAGAUAUUUGCUUUUACUGCUAUUUGCUCCCUUGAUAUAUUAUCCUGUACAAGGUGACAUUGAUCUUGAUCAGUGGAUUUCAAAGCAACAUAAAACAAGUUUUGAAACGAUACUUGAUAAUAUCAAUCCACCCGGUACUAAAAGGGGUUUCUUUGCUGCUUCCUUGUCAACACAUCAACCUGAUUAUUUCUAUACAUGGACAAGAGAUUCAGCCUUAGUUGCUCGUGUGCUCACUUCUUUGCAAGAGACCAAUGAUACCUUGUUGCAUGAUUAUGUCGACUUUCAAAUGGAUGUACAAAAGACAAGUACGCGUUGCAAUUGUCUGGGUGAACCAAAGUUCAACAAGGAUGGAUCAAGUUUCAAAGGUACUUGGGGUAGACCUCAAAAUGAUGGUCCUGCAGAAAGAGCCAUCACAUUUUUCUUGAUUGCAAACCGAUGGCUAGACAACGGUUACAAAGACACGCCUUGGAUUCAUGAUACUCUUGUACCGGCUAUUAUUAGGGACUUGGAUUAUAUUAGCAAAGUAUGGUAUCAACCUAGUUUUGAUUUGUGGGAAGAGGUAUUAGGUACACAUUUCUUUACCCUAAUGGUUAUGCGUAAAGCCUUGUUGGAUGGCAUUGAUUUCUUUAAAUUAUCCAAUCGUAACGUCGAGGAAUACAAGCUGGCUAGUCAUCUUAUUGGUAAGCGAAUCGAGACAUUCUGGUCAGAACAGCAUAACUACAUUAUGGCUACUCAGAACGUUCAGAAUGGUGUGCAAAAGCCAUCGGGUUUAGAUGUGUCUACAUUGUUAGCUGCUAAUAUUAUCGCCAGUAGAAAUGAUGGAUUUUUUACACCUGGGUCUGACAAGAUGCUGGCUACUGUUGUUGCGUUGGAAGAGUCAUUUGAGCCAUUGUAUCCCAUUAAUAGUCAACAGAGUGACGCACUAGGUACAUGCAUUGGCCGUUACCCUGAAGAUAUCUAUGACGGAUAUGAUACAUCUGUCGGAAAUCCUUGGUUCUUGGCUACAGCUGCUUACACCGAAUUAUAUUACUUGGCAAUUGCAGAAUGGGAGAAGUUAGGUGUUUCGGUAAAUAGUAUAAAUAGACGGUUCUUUCAACGAAUCAUGCAGGUGGAUGAUGGAUACUAUUCACCCGAAAGUGCAACCUUAAAAGAGAUUAUUAAAAAGACAACACAUGCAGCAGACAAGUUUUUGAAAACGAUCCAAUUUCAUCAAGCUCGUAAUGGAUCCAUGUCAGAACAGUAUGAUAGAUAUAUUGGGUUUAUGGCUGGAGCUAGAGAUUUAACUUGGUCUCAUGCAGCAUUUAUUACUGCAUCCAAAGCCAAAGAUAGUCAUUUGAUUCAAUAAAAAAAAAGAGUGUUGAUUUUAUUAUUAUUAGUAUUAUUAGUGUUAAAAAAAAAAAAAAAAGAAAAA